AUGUUCAGAAAGCUGUGCACGUUUCUGUUGAUUACGGCGAUUAUUCAUAAUGCCGCUCCUAACGCCGUGAACAGGGUCAAAAGGUGGAACGAGGCAGGGGAGCUUUGCCGUGCUGAAUGUGAAGCGAUCAUCUGUCCCGACAAUUGCCAUUUCGACCAUUAUAAUGGUCAUCAUAAUGACUGCAAGCAUGUCACCUGUAUCAUCCCACUCUGA